CCCCCACUACAGAAAACUAUUUAAGGCGCUGCUAAAGUCAAAAACACCGAUUAUUGUCUCAGUGCAGUUGUCAGUUGCAGUUCAGCAGACCGGUUAACGAGUACUUGCAUUUCUUUAAAUUUAAAUUGAUCAAAUCUAAGGAGCCAGCUUAAGAAGUCACCAUGUCGACUACAUUGACCAACAAGAACGUCAUUUUCGUGGCCGGUCUGGGAGGCAUUGGCCUGGACACCAGCAAGGAGCUGGUCAAGCGGGACCUCAAGAACCUGGUGAUCCUGGACCGCAUUGACAACCCGGCUGCCAUUGCCGAGCUGAAGGCAAUCAAUCCCAAGGUGACCGUCUCCUUCUAUCCCUACGAUGUGACCGUGCCCAUUGCCGAGACCACCAAGCUGUUAAAGACCAUCUUCGCCAAGCUGAAGACCGUCGACAUCCUGAUCAACGGAGCUGGCAUUUUGGACGAUCACGAGAUUGAGCGCACCAUUGCCGUCAACUACACAGGUCUGGUCAACACGACGACGGCCAUUAUGGACUUCUGGGACAAGCGCAAGGGCGGUCCCGGUGGCAUCAUUUGCAACAUUGGCUCGGUGACGGGUUUCAAUGCCAUCUACCAGGUGCCCGUCUACUCCGGCACCAAGGCCGCCGUGGUUAACUUCACCAGCUCCCUGGCGAAACUGGCACCCAUUACCGGCGUCACAGCUUACACCGUGAAUCCCGGCAUCACCCGCACCACCCUGGUGCACAAGUUCAACUCCUGGCUGGAUGUGGAGCCCCAGGUGGCCGAGAAGCUCCUGGCCCAUCCCACCCAGCCGACGCUGGCCUGCGCCGAGAACUUUGUGAAGGCCAUCGAGCUGAACCAGAACGGUGCCAUCUGGAAACUGGACUUGGGCACUCUGGAGCCCAUCCAGUGGACCAAGCACUGGGACUCGGGCAUCUAAAUGUGAUACUCCACCCGAAAGCACAUAGCAUUAGUUCAUAGAUAUUAACGCAUGGCAAUAAGUCUGAUUCGACGCGCACUCACAUUCUCCCCCUCUAAUACGAUAAUAAAACUCUCGAUGAAAAUUGAGAAAUUUAAAUCCAAA